AAGGUGAUCUGUUGUAUUCGGCGCAAAUAACAUUUGCUUUGUAGCAAACGAUGGGUGUAAGUCUGGAACUCAGGUUGCCCGGCCCAAAGGCAAACAUGCCCCAAUGGUAUCCCACUUGGAUCUAAUAUUUGACAUGUCCUUACCCUCAGUGGGGUUCGAUGGCUGGUCCUUGUUGAUUGCUGUCUGUAUGUUGCUGAACGAAGCUGGCGGCGCACACUGCUGCAGCACCCCGAUUGCAUUGCAAAACUGAUCAGCAAGCUGAAAGACAUCAAAAACACGUCAGAAAAAUAGUCAUGAGAGCAUUUUGACCUAACACAAAUAUAAGACAUUAAACAACGUGAUUGUUUGUUAGGUAGCUAAAGUUAAUUAGCUCAGCAAACCUUGCAACCGAGAAACGAUAAAGAGAACUUAGCCAACUAGCUAGCUGUCAUUAUUCAGCCUAGUCCGCUUCCAAAUACUAAGUCAGUCAAUCUAAACGUGACAUGACAAUUUGCUGAGCAUGAAAAAAAAUUGUGGGGUGUACUAAUAGCUAAAUUUAAAAAAUGUAUCAUACCGAAUUGACUGCAUCUUGAAGUUGCGUUAGCCUGUCCGCCAUCUUUGUUGUUUCUCCUACUUCUCCUAAAUUGGAUUUCCGGGCAGACUAAAUGUUUCUUAGCGUGUUGUUGCCACCCACAGGUUGGAGUACAGAACGCACACAGUGAAAGAAAAUCAAAGAAAGAAAACUGGAAAAUUAGUAUCAGAGAUAUUACGUAAUGUAAUCAGUAUCUGAUUGGGGAAAUGUGUCUGAUAGACCUAGCUAUCCUAACUGGAAUAUAGAAGGAGGGGAGGCUAUUCAGAUUGACCGCAGCGUUUGUAAUCUAAAGAAUCCGGAACGUGUUCAUACAUUUCCCAGACUGCAGCAGUAACAACGGGAAGUGUACUGCUUGGCUAAGGAGUUUCUCGCUAAGUGUACUUAUUCAAACAGAGAUGUCGUGUUCAUUAGAAAAUGUAUUGUCAGACGCCAAGUCGCUGGUGGAAAGACUCCGCAACCAUGACAAUGCAGCGGAGGUACUUAUCGAACAGACAACGUCCCUUAACAAGAGGGUGGAGGCCAUGAAACAGUAUCAGGAGGAGAUUGAGUCGCUGAACCGGGUAGCCCGGCAUCGGCCCCGUUCCAGCCUCGUCAUGGGCAUCCAGCAGGAAAACCGGCAGAUCCGUGACCUACAGCAGGAAAACAAAGAGUUGAGAACCUCCCUGGAGGAACACCAGUCUGCCAUAGAGCUCAUCAUGACUAAAUACAGGGAGCAGGUCUUCAGACUCCUCAUGGCCAGUAAGAAGGACGACCCAGCCAUCGUCAACCAAUUAAAGGAGCAGCACACCACUGAAAUGCAAGCGCACAUAGAAAAGAUCAACGAGAUGGCUACGGUGAUGAGGAAGGCCAUCGAAGUGGACGAGGGGAGGUUGUGUGAAGACGAGGAGAGGAUCAAGCAACUAGAGCUGGAGAACAGUGGUCUUCGUGAGCUGCUAGGGAUCAGUCGAGAAGCCUUCCUAGUUCUGACGAGAGAGGAGGCCUCGGAUAGCACAUCCCUGUCUGCCCUGUUGACCAGUGCCGACAUCAGCCUCCGGAAGAGUUAGGCCCACACCAGCACGAGCUUGGAGUGUGUGUGUGUAUGCGCCCCCACCUUGUACAGACCAUACCCCCCCAAUCACCUACAGCCACACAGACUCCCAGAGUGCACUCAACAACGAACGAUGCCCCAGGUCAUACUGCCGCCCACCUGUCACACUACAUUGGAGGUAUACAGUAGGAAGCCUCUGAGACAAAUGGGAAAAUCCUCCAGCAGUUUAGUCUGUCAUGCAUUUUUAGUCUUGGCACGCAUUGUGCUAUAUCUGAUGAGCCUGUGGGGUUUUAAAGUGUGAAUGAGUGAAAGUGCUGCUCUUGAAUGACAAUAAAACACUUGAAAGAAACAUGUUCAAA